CUGUCUCCGCCUGCCCCGCUCCACAGUCGCCCGCUCAGACCCGCACUCGCACCCCCCGACCAUGGCGUGCAAGGAGCAGAGCGUGAGCAUCGACCUGCAGCCCCGGGGCCUGCCUCCCCCCUAUCCCGGCACCCAGCAGGGCUUCCCGGCCGAGCAGCCGCGCGACUUCGUGCUCUGGUCCCUCUUCAACGUCCUGCUGUGCCAGAAGCUCGCCUGCCUGGGCUGCCUGGGCUUCCCCGCGCUUAUCUUCUCUAUCAAGGCCCGAGAUCGGAAAGUACUGGGGGACCUGGAAGGUGCUCGGAGCUAUGGCACCACCGCCAAGGUGUUAAACAUCAUCGGGUCACUGCUGGUGGUAGUUGCUAUUGCUGUGGUCCUUUUCUUUUGCUUUUGGAGACCUUAACAGCAUCCCUUUAAUGAAGUUCCGGGGACUGACACCAGCCAGGCAUUCAGAGAGGGGAUUGGAAGAUAACUCAAAUGGCGAGGAAAUGACCCACUGCUGGCUGUUCAUGCUGUGAUGGAAAUUCACAACAGGUCAUGAGUUCAAAAAUUGACUCAUUAAUAGCACCAUUGUAGCUUUGAUGCUAGUUAUGUGGUCACCCUCAUUUCAAAUCUGCGCGGGCCCCCACUUCUCUGCUCCAUGCACUGUGGCCAUGGAAUCGGCCACUACCUACUUGUUCCUCUUCCAGCCUGAUCCAGCUGUUUACCUUUUUUGGAUUUCUUGCACUGAAAAUCAUCCGCAUUCACUGCUGUUGUGACCCUCCCUCUCUGCAGCGCCCAACAUGGAGAGUAAUAGAUGAUGAGGUCAGAGGAGGCUCCAGUCUACCUCACUUUGUUCCUAGAGAUGGACCAGAACCACCCACUCUUUGGGGUAGUUUGGAUCCAGGCUUUGCCAUUGGCCCCCAUUUCUACAAUGGGCCAAAUCAAAACAUGGGUUCAAAAUCCCCCUCCCACCCCCCCACCCCACCCCCGCUUCCCAUGCUUUGGGACAUUUAGAUCUGGAUUCGAACUUUGUGCCUUGGCCCAGUUUUAUCUGUCUGUAUCAACCCAGCAAUAAUGUUCGCCCGGGGCAGUAUUUACAGCAGUAAAGCCAUCUGCAGAGACUCCGGCCUGCUCUUUUCACUGCAGCGACCUGCCCUGCGGGGAAGAGAGAAGUGUAAAGGGGACAAAAUGUUUAACUUGAUCUGUGUGAUGGGGUAACGCACUGUGCAACACAGAGCUAAUGUGGGACCAGUUGGCCCCGCCCCACCUCUGAGGGAUGUCAGAAUGGGGGGUGCUUAAAUGGGAGAAACCCAGCUGAGUUGGUUGCAGAGUGGGGAGGGGAGCAGUGUGCAGCUCCUGCAGGGAGGGGGGGCUGAAGGCAGGAGCUUUUUGUACAACUGCUGCCCAACAGCUCCUCCUGGAAGGAAGGGUGGGCUGGCCCUGCGCGAUGUGGAUUCACCAUGAGAGGGAACUAUUUCUCUCGGUUUUCUUGUGAACUCCUCAGUUUAGGGCCCCAGCCCGGUGAGCACCUUCUAAAGAACAAGAGCCUUAACCCAGCUUGGGGAUGCUUCAUUUGUAUUAAUUCCCCUUUUGUUCUGGUCACUGACGCCCGCAGCCAGGUGCUCUAGCCAGGGCCCAGCUGGACGGCUGAGCCUUUUAGGACUAGAACCGGAGUGGGAAAACUACCCGGGCAUCGCAGAGCAGGGGCCUGGGUGAGUGCAGAGGUCCUGCCUAGAGCCUAGGGGGUGCCUGGGAAAGGCACUCGGGUGUUAAUCUGAUUAAAAAUAAAAGGCCUUAUGGUGGUUGGCAGCAGCACAUUCUGUCCCCACACACUCAGUUCCCUCCACAC